UCUGGCUCGUUUCGUUUAGUAUAUAAGCACUUGGUUAAACAUAUGAUCUCUCAGACUGUGUUUUAGUGUGAUUUGGUGAAUUCUUCCUUUCGGUAAGUGUUUGUGAUUUCUCUCUUAUACUUUCCUUAUGAAUAUUUUAUAAUAAGUAUAUUUAUGUAGGUGUGUAUCAUGAAUAAUUAUUCGAAUGUUAGUAUCGUUUAAAUUUUCGUGAUUCCUUUUCUUCGAAGGCUUACUUCGUGUCUCUCCUCAUUUCUACCUUGUCUCUGUACUCUUUUCCUUUCUAAACGUAUUUUCCCCUUUUUAGAUUACUAACAAAUAUGCCAAAUAAACGUAUCUGGACUAUGGCGAAUCCUGAUGCCAAUAUUGCGUAUUGUGAAGAUGCGGAUUUCAUCUAUAUGAGAAUAACUCGUGAUGAUUAUGCUGGUCCGGUUGAAAAUGUAUGGGCCGUUCCUUUUAUGAAGCGGCUACACGAAGUAUGGAGACGACGAGCUAUCUGUCGUCUGUCAGUGUUGAAGCUGUGGCGCGAAGAUGCUAUCAGUAAAGAUUUUGAUGCUUGGUCGCUUGAGCACAUGCCUGGUGACCUUCUAGGGCUGCGGCGUUUAUUUUCCAUGAGUCCAUUUCCGGGGCUGGUUGAAGAUGUGUCCUGGGAUCACCUAUGGGCUCAACUUGGGCCUCAGUGGUAUGACGAUGUGGCAAAUGUAAGAUAGGAAAAAAAACUUGGAAGAGAAAGAAGAUAAUAUAUUCUUUCUAAUUAUGUAUAUUGUUGCGAGUUAUUAAGGCGUCGUAUUAAAGCGCAUAUCGCAGUUUUUCCCUUGUA